AUGUGCAUACAAGAAUGAAUAACAUUUUUAUAUAGUAUAUAGUAUAGAUCUGAUCACAAAACGGAGAGGACGAAGUAAUUGGCUUAGAUUAAUUUAAACUACAAAAGCCAAAGAUAAGAGAAGAGAAAGCAAUGCAAUAAAUGAAACCAACCACCAACUAACCUCACACCUUCUACUUUCAUGCAUUUGGGCUCUUCGCUCUCUCUAUAUAAAACCCAACCUUCAUUACCAUUAAUCAUCAUCCAAUCCAUUACUUACUUAAGUAAAAAAGAGAAACAAAAAGUUUAAAGAUAUGGAGGGACUCUUGAAGUUGUCAACUUUGGUGAUUGUGUGCAUGUUAGUGGCCGCUCCAAUGGCAUCCGAGGCAGCAAUCUCGUGUGGCGCAGUCACCGGCAGCUUGGGUCAAUGCUAUAACUACUUGACCCGAGGCGGUUUCAUUCCUAGAGGGUGUUGCUCUGGCGUUCAGAGGCUCCACAGCAUGGCUCGUACCACCCGUGACCGACAACAAGCUUGUCGUUGUAUCCAGGGAGCAGCUAGAGCAUUGGGUUCUCGACUUAAUGCUGGUCGAGCUGCUCGUCUCCCUGGUGCUUGCCGUGUUAGGAUCUCUUACCCCAUCAGUGCCAGAACCAACUGUAACACCGUGAGGUGAUCAAGAGGUGAUAGACGCUGAAGGGUUUUCAUAUAAUCUAUGAGAGAGUAUUAAAAAAUAAUUAAGAUGUCACUAUAUAAGAGUGUAUCCUUUAUACUGUUAUUGUUGCUGUGUUUUAGAAUUUGUGUUUUCAUGCGUUUCUUUAUAUAUGACGACGGUCCAUUUAAUUGGUCGUCUGUGUUAUGUACUCCUCUAAUGAUAUAUGGAAUUACGAUAUAUAUAGUAUGUAUUAUUUUCAAAAUCUUGCCACUCA